CCAGCCAAACCACACACACCCCCAUCAUCUCUCUCUUUCUCUCUCUCUCUCUCUCUCACACACACAGACAUAUCUUGAGCCACAUCCUCGAGUGAAUGAAAAUGAAGGCAUCAUGCAUUGCAGUGUGCACUUUGCUGGUGCUGCUCCUGGCAAAAACAGAGGUAACAAUGGCAGUAACAUGCAACCCCACACAGCUGAGCCCUUGUGUGAGUGCAAUGACAUCUUCAAAUCCACCAUCUUCCCUGUGCUGCAGUAAGAUCAAGGAACAGAAGCCCUGCCUCUGUCAGUACCUCAAGAACCCGAACCUCAAAAAGUUUGUCGACUCCCCCAAUGCAAGGAAAGUUGCUAACACUUGUGGAACUCCCUUCCCCAAGUGCUAGAUCCCUAAAACAUUCAAGGAAGGACUUCUCCAUUCUAUAUGCAUCAUGCUUCUUUGAUGUAUUAGCUAAAGGGUGGAGAUUAGAGAGUUAAUUUACUUUUUAAAGUUGGGUGUGGUCUCUCCUAUAUAAUAUGCUAGUAGAAGCAUUAGUCGUGGUUGUAAUAAUGCGGGGUCAUGCGUACAUGUUCCCCUAGUCUGUUGGUGUGAUUUAUCAUAUACUUACUAGUUCUUCCAAGGCCACUAAUUUAUGCAUUAUCAACAUCAAUGGUGAAUCAUAGCAUUGUUUCCUAAA